GUUCUUUGGUUGGAUUUGUAUGUAAUAACUUCAAGUGUUACUUAAACAACUAUCAGCUUGAGAGACUUUAGCUUACAUAUGAAGUUCCCAAUAGUAAAAGGGCACAUCUGCAAUGAAGAAAAGAAGAAAAGUCACUGCAAAUUUAGAUGACAAAAAAUGCCUUGAUUACCAGAAGGAGUCUUUUAACAAGAUCUCUACAGCAGACUCUGAGCAGGAAACUAUCCUUGAUUCUGCGGGACUUGCUCCUGCAGGCCAGCUUGCAUGUUCCGAACAACUUCCUCCAUCACCAGAGCAAAGAAGGCUUUUAAGCUCCCUACAGUACAACAAAAAUCUACUAAAAUAUUUAAAUGAUGAUCGACAGAAACAGCCGUCAUUCUGUGAUUUGCUUAUAACUGUUGAUGGGAAAGAAUUCAGUGCCCACAAAGUAGUAGUUGCUGUUGGCAGCAGUUACUUUCAUGCUUACUUGAGCAAAAAUCCAAAAGCUAAUGUUAUUAGCUUGGAUCAUGUAACUCAUUCAGUUUUUCGUCAUCUCCUUGAAUUUCUCUACACAUCAGAGUUUCUUGUGUAUAACAAUGAAAUCCCCCUAAUUUUAGAAGCAGCCAAAUUUUUAGAUAUUAUAGAUGCAGUAAAACUGCUAAAUAUUGAAAAUGUUUCCAGUUUGCAUCAGGAAGAGAAUCUAGAAAAACCAGCACAGCUUGAAAAGUUUGAUGAACUAACUGCUAAAGUUCAAAGCAGUCACCAAUGCACUUUUUGUGGUCGCAACUUCUGUUACAAAAAAUCCUUAGCAAAUCACCUGUCCAGAGCACACACUUCCACUGCAGAGGGAAAAGGACAUGGCCUAAAAAUGGUGGAGAAUUCUGAGAUCUCUACCAGAAGAUCAAUGAGAAAUCAAAAAUGUCCAGCUAAGUUUGAUCAGAGUGACAAUGAAAGCAAUGCUGCAUCUGAUAGCAAUCUAGAUACUGUUGUUGUUGGCAAAGAAAACAGUAAGUCUAGCAGUGAAUCUGAAGAUAGUGGAAGUAAAUAUAAUACGGAUGGAGAUAGGCAGGAAGAAAACACCUCUGGAGAUGACGCCAAGUCUGAAGAGCAAAGUGAAAAAGAACCUGAAGAGCCAGUUGGUCUGGCAGAAAAUAUUUCAGAAGGCCAUCUUUCCAAGUAUAUUCCAGUCAUUGUUCAGAACAGCAGCAAAAAAUGUUUGCAGUGUCCUAAGUGUGAUAAAAUAUUUGAUAGAGCAGGGAAAUUUGAGAGCCAUGUUCGUGUACACACUGGCGAGAAGCCUUUUGAGUGUGAUAUUUGUCAUCAACGCUAUUCAACCAAAUCCAACUUAACUGUACAUAGAAAGAAGCACAACAAUGAAAUGGAACUUCAUAAAAAAGAACACAAGUGUUCAUACUGUAACAAACUGCAUGCCACCAAAAAGACCUUGAUAAAGCAUAUAAAGAGAUAUCAUCCUGAUAAUAUACAGGAGUUUCUUUCCAUUAAGAAAAAAAAGAGUGAUGGCUGGAAAUGUGAUAUUUGCAAGAAAUCUUUCACAAGAAGGCUUCAUCUGGACGAACACAUGAUCCUUCACACCCAGGAUAAGCCUUUCAAGUGUACCUAUUGUGAAGAGCACUUUAAAUCCCGCUUUGCUAGACUAAAGCAUCAAGAAAAAUUCCACCUAGGACCUUUCCCAUGUGAUAUUUGUGGACGUCAGUUUAAUGACACUGGAAAUCUGAAACGUCAUAUUGAAUGUACUCAUGGGGGAAAGAGGAAAUGGAUUUGCUAUAUUUGUGGGAAAUCAGUUAGAGAAAGAACUACUUUAAAAGAACAUUUACGAAUCCAUAGUGGAGAAAAGCCUCAUCUGUGUAGCAUUUGUGGACAGAGUUUUCGUCAUGGAAGCUCAUACAGACUUCAUCUGCGAGUCCACCAUGAUGACAAGAGAUAUGAAUGUGAAGAAUGUGGAAAGACAUUUAUUCGCCAUGAUCAUCUGACAAAACACAAAAAAAUACACUCAGGUGAAAAAGCUCAUCAGUGUGAGGAAUGUGGAAAAUGUUUUGGUCGAAGAGAUCACCUCACUGUUCAUUAUAAAAGUGUUCAUCUAGGAGAAAAGGUGUGGCAAAAGUAUAAAGCAACAUUUCAUCAGUGUGGAGUCUGUAAGAAAGUUUUUAAAGGGAAAUCCAGUUUGGAAAUGCAUUUUAGGACACAUUCAGGUGAAAAGCCAUACAAAUGUCAAAUCUGUAACCAGUCCUUCAGAAUUAAGAAGACAUUAACUAAACACAUGGUGAUCCAUUCCGAUGCUCGUCCUUUCAACUGCCAAUACUGCAAUGCAACGUUUAAACGGAAAGACAAACUGAAAUACCACACUGACCAUGUUCAUGGAGGAAAGUCUGCAGAGGAAUCUCUCAGCCCAGAGCCGGAGGAGAAGAUUGUUUCCCUGCCAACCCAGUAUGUACCCGAGGACAAGGUUUUUCAAAGUGAUUCUAAACUAUCCGUGGAACAGCCCAAACCUUACCAAGUGGGAGCCAAGACAGUGCAGAAUGUAUCCCCAGACACUUCGGUGCCAGUAAUGCUAAUACCUGUUCAAAUGUGUGAAAGUCAUUCUGAACUUAUACAGCACCCCCCUGCUGUUACAUCGUCCCCUCACGACAUUCUUCCUUCACAGCCACCUCCAACAGACUAUCAGCCAGCAACAGACCUGGCUUUCCUAGAAAAAUACACGCUUACUCCACAGCCAGCAAAUAUAGUUCAUCCAGUCAGACCGGAGCAAAUGUUGGAUUCUAGAGAACAGUCUUACCUUGGAACUUUGUUAGGUCUCGAUUCAGCUUCUUCUGUUCAGAACAUUUCAAGUAAUGACCAGUCAUGAUUACCCUAUAUACUCAUGUAUAAGUCUAGAAUUUUAGUCACAAAAUCAACUCAAAAAACUGAGUUGAGUUAUCCAUAGGUCAGUGUGAGUACUGUACCUUAACUCUUAUCAAAAAAGGAAGCACCCCAUUCUCUGAGUAGAGUGGCCAAAGGGGAAAAAAAAUUUAGUCUGUCCUGGGAGAACCUGAAAGAUAUACCGUAUAUUCUGGUAUAUAAGACUACUUAUUAAAUCAAGAAAAUCUUCUCAAAAGUCAGGGGUUGUCUUAUACACAGGAGUUGUCUUAUGCUCUGGAGUAGCCUUAUGCAUGGGGGUCGUCUUAUAUGCGGGAGUAGUCUUAUAUACUGGGGGUAUAGAUUACUGCAACGUACUCUACGUGGGGUUGCCUUUGAAGUCUGUUUGGAAACUCCAACUAGUCCAGCGGGAGGCAGCCAGAGUACUUACAGGAGCGUCAUACAGGGAGCAUACCACCCCCCCUGUUGUGUCAGCUCCACUGGCUGCCGAUCCAAUUCCGAGCACAAUUGAAAGUGCUGGUUUUGACCUACAAAACCCUAUACGGUUCCGGCCCAGUGUAUUUGUCCGAACGGAGCUCCCUCUAUGUCCCACCUCGGAGUUUAAGAUCUUCUGAGGAGGCCCUGCUCUCGACCCCACCUCUAUCACAAGUGAGAUUGGCGGGGACGAGGAGCAGGGCCUUCUCGGUGGUGGCCCCUCAUCUGUGGAAUUCACUCCCCGGGGAAAUUAGAUCAGCGACAUCCCUCCUUUCCUUUAGGAAAAAAUUGAAAACAUGGAUUUGGGACCAGGCAUUCGGACAUUCUGGCAGAUAAAGAAAGGACUUCGACGAUGGACAGGAAUUGACUAAGUGGAAUGGAAUUAUGGAACUCUGAAAGACAAACGCUGAAGUACUCGAAAUAAAUAAAUAAUAGAGCGGAUGCUGUAACUUCCAAUCUGGAUUGGAGAAUCUGUGGUUGCUGAAUAUUGUGGGGGGG